CGCGCUCCGGUCAUCGAAGCCAAAGGAAGACAAGAGCUGGCCGGGUCGCCGAGUAGCCUCGCAGCUGAGUUGCUGUCGCCUUACGCCACUGUUUACGAGUCCCGGGAGCAAGCGGCCGAGGCUGGUCCCGGUGACCGGGCGGUUCCACCCCGAGGGCCGCGUUCCCCUGGGCGACCGGCUUCCAGCGCUCUGCGUUCUUCCCCAGGGGUCGUGUGAAAAAAGCAGCCUGGCUCCCGAGGUCCACCCCGAACGCCCCAGGGUCCAGAUGGCGGCCAACGUGGGUGAUCAGCGUAGCACGGAUUGGCCCUCUCAGUACAGCAUGGUGGCUGGGGCAGGCCGAGAGAAUGGCAUGGAGACCCCCAUGCACGAAAAUCCGGAGUGGGAGAAGGCCCGCCAGGCCCUGGCCAGCAUCAGCAAAGCAGGAGCUGCCGGCAGCUCCGCCAAAGCCAGCGGCAGUGGACCUGUCAGUGCACAGUACGUGUCCCAGGCAGAGGCCUCGGCUCUGCAGCAGCAGCAGUACUACCAGUGGUACCAGCAGUACAGCUACGCCUACCCCUACAGCUACUACUACCCCAUGAGCAUGUACCAGAGCUACAGCUCCCCCUCCCAGUAUGGGAUGGCCAACUCCUAUGGCUCAGCCACACCGCAGCAGCCGUCAGCACCCCAGCACCAAGGGACCCUGAACCAGCCCCCAGUCCCUGGCAUGGAUGAAGGCAUGGCCUACCAGGGACCCCCUCAGCCGCUGCCGGCAGCCCAGCCCCCUCAGCCUGCGAACCCCCAGCAUGGGGCACACCCUCUGAGCAGCGGCCCCCAGCCCGGGACUGCUCCAUCUGCACAGCACAGCCAGGCAGGGGCCGCCUCGGGCCAGGCCUAUGGGCAGCACGCCUAUUCCGAGCCGGCCAAGCCCAAGAAGGGCCAACAGCUAUGGAACCGCAUGAAGCCGGCCCCUGGGACUGGUGGUCUGAAGUUCAACAUUCAGAAACGGCCCUUUGCUGUCACCAACCAGAACUUUGGCUCCAGCUCUGAGGUGCAGCACAGCAGCUUCAGCCCCCAGCCCAGCACCGAGAAAGCCCUGAACCACAGUGGGCCCUCAGCUCGAGGGGGCCUGUCCGGGAGGCCCGACGACUGGCCACAGGCCAUGAAGGAGUAUGUGGAGCGCUGCUUCACGGCCUGCGAGUCGGAGGAGGACAAGGACCGCACUGAGAAGUUGCUCAAGGAGGUGCUGCAGGCCCGGCUCCAGGACGGCUCGGCCUAUACCAUUGACUGGAGCCGGGAGCCUCUGCCUGGGCUGACUCGGGAGCCUGUGGCUGAGAGCCCCAAGAAGAAGCGGUGGGAGGCCCCUAGCAGCCUUCACCCUCCCAGGGGGGCAGGCUCGGCGACACGGGGCGGGGGUGCCCAGUCCCAGCGAGGGGCACCAGGGUCUGGGGGUGCUGGCCGAGCCCGGGGCACUGGCUUCACCAAGUUUGGCAAUCGCAAUGUCUUCAUGAAGGACAACAGCUCCUCCUCCAGCACUGACUCCCGCUCCCGCUCCUCCUCCCGGUCUCCAACCCGCCACUUCCGCCGCAGCGACUCACACUCGGACUCCGACAGCUCCUGCUCAGGGAAUGAGUGUCACCCUGUGGGUCGCAGGAACCCACCCCCCAAGGGCCGGGGUGGUCGGGGGGCACACAUGGACCGGGGCCGAGGCAGGGCGCAGCGGGGGAAGAGGCACGACCUUGCACCCACCAAGCGCAGUCGCAAAAAGAUGGCGGCUCUGGAAUGUGAGGACCCGGAGCGCGAGCUGAAGAAGCAGAAGCGGGCGGCCCGAUUCCAGCACGGCCACGCCCGCCGCCUGCGGCUCGAGCCCCUGGUUCUGCACAUGGGCAGCCUGGACUGCGGCGGGGCCGACCCCGACUGGCAGGAGCUGCAGAUCGUGGGCACCUGCCCUGACAUCACCAAGCACUACCUGCGUCUCACCUGUGCCCCUGACCCCUCCACUGUGCGCCCCGUGGCGGUUUUGAAGAAGUCCCUCUCCAUGGUCAAGUCCCACUGGAAGGAGAAGCAGGACUAUGCGUUUGCCUGUGAGCAGAUGAAGUCGAUCCGGCAGGAUCUGACGGUCCAGGGUGUGCGCACAGAGUUCACGGUGGAGGUGUACGAGACCCACGCUCGCAUCGCCUUGGAAAAGGGCGACCAUGAAGAGUUUAAUCAGUGCCAGACGCAGCUCAAGUCGCUUUAUGCUGAGAACCUGCCGGGCAAUGUCGGGGAGUUCACUGCCUACCGGAUCCUCUACUACAUCUUCACCAAGAACUCAGGAGACAUCACGACGGAGCUGGCAUACCUGACGCGGGAGCUGAAGGCGGACCCUUGCGUGGCCCACGCCUUGGCGCUCAGGGCGGCCUGGGCCCUUGGCAACUACCACCGGUUCUUCCGGCUCUACUGUCACGCACCCUGCAUGUCCGGCUAUCUCGUGGACAAGUUUGCAGACCGGGAGCGAAAGGCUGCCCUCAAGGCGAUGAUCAAAACGUAUGUGGCGCUGAGCCCUCUGUCCCCUCUCCUCCUCUCCCCUCCCUCUUGGCCUGUUCCUUACCCCCCAAGUCUUCUAUCUGUGUUCCUGGUGCUUGUGUGUUCUGGUCCGUCUCCAUGUGGCUGUCCUCCAUCUCCCACGCGCUCUCGCGCUGGCCCGGGCUCCCCUUUCCACCCUCCUCUGUGUCCUGGUCCCUGUCUGUGACUGUCCUCCUCCUCCCACGCGCUCUCGCGCUGGCCCAGGCUCCCCUUUCCACCCUCCUCUGUGUCCUGGUCCCUGUCUGUGGCUGUCCUCCUCCUCCCACGUGCUCUCUCGCUGGCCCGGGCUCCCCUUUCCACCCUCCUCUGUGUCCUGGUCCCUGUCUGUGACUGUCCUCCAUCUCCCACGCGCUCUCUCGCUGGCCCGGGCUCCCCUUUCCACCCUCCUCUGUGUCCUGGUCCCUGUCUGUGACUGUCCUCCAUCUCCCACGCGCUCUCUCGCUGGCCCGGGCUCCCCUUUCCACCCUCCUCUGUGUCCUGGUCCCUGUCUGUGACUGUCCUCCUCCUCCCACGUGCUCUCUCGCUGGCCCGGGCUCCCUUUUCCACCCUCCUCUGUGUCCUGGUCCCUGUCUGUGACUGUCCUCCUCCUCCCACGUGCUCUCUCGCGCUGGCCCAGGCUCCCUUUUCCACCCUCCUCUGUGUCCUGGUCCCUGUCUGUGGCUGUCGUCCUCCUCCCACGCGCUCUCUCGCGCUGGCCCGGGCUCCCCUUUCCACCCUCCUCUGUGUCCUGGUUCCUGUCUGUGGCUGUCCUCCUCCCACGCGCUCUCUCUCGCUGGCCUGGGGCCCUUUUUUCCACCCUCUUCAGUGCGUCUCUCUUCUCGUGCUCACAGCUCCUUUGACUCUAGUUUUGUUUCUUCUCUGGGUUCAGUCUGAGGUCUCUGUCCACUUCCUGCUGCUUCUGUCACUCUGCUCCCCGACUCUAAAGAGAACUAGGAAAGAUGAUGCCUGCUCUUGACCCCGUUUCCCCUUUGAAAGAACAGGCGUGGUGGUGGUGGUUGCGUGUGUCCCUUGUUCACUGGGUGUGACUUGAAGCUCAGCUGUGCCAGGGAGCGAUGCUUGACCUGGGCUUAGAGCAGUGGUUCUGAGCGGGGGGUUGCGACCCCCCAGGGGCACUGGGCAGUGUCAGGAGGCUUCCCGGUUGUCAGAGCUGCAGUGCGGUUAGCGUCUGCUGGGCAGGUUCCCAGCACUGCUCUGUGGGACGGUCAUCGCAGAGUGACCCAGCCCCAAAGGCCAGCAGUGCUGAGGCUGAGAGACCCUGGUCAGAGAUGGUGGGUCCGAGGGCCGUGAGUGCCAGGCCAGUCCUCUUGGUCUUUCUUACGAAGGUGACAGAGAGCCCAUGGGGUUGUGUGAGCUGCGGAGGGACAGUCCUGCCUGAAGAUUAGGAAGCUCUUUCCAGGACCAAGUGUGGGGUCAAAGGAGAGGCCCGCGGCAGGGCAGGGACCGAGGACAUAAGGGCAGAUUCUGAAAGCCCAGGAGGCUAGGCCUAGAGGGUCCUGGCUCACGAAGGGAUGAGGAAGGAGGCAGCAAGGAGGCUGCCCUGGCAUCUGACCUGGAGAGCAGAGCACCUUCAAGGUUGCCCGGGGCUCUCCGGGUGUCCCCUGGUGACACUUUCCAGGGCCUACCCUCAGGCCUGGGAGACCUGUCUCCAGCGGUCAGAGGCCAGUGCUGCUCUCUGGGCUUACAGCUGGGCUGAUGGCCGUGUCCCCUUACUUGACGUAAUUGGCCAUGAACGCACCUGUGGGUGGGGCCUCGUUCCCUUCCACCCUCCCUUGGCAGACGGCGUCCCUCCCCAGGUCCCAGAGCAGGUCCCUGCAGGGUGGCAGCUCAGCUGUGGAAGGCAGCGCAGGCCCUCCUGCCCCCCACCGCAGGCUCUGCUGGGAUUUCGCUCCCAAGCGAGAUUAAUGUGGCUUUGGAGGCUGGCUGCCCGGUUCCAAGUACUGGUUCUGUUAUUUUCUGGGUGAGCUUCCUGAGUCUCAGUCUCGGCAUCCAUAGAGGAUGGGGUGACUUACAGGAGGGGAUUCCAUGUGUCAUGGACGCACUUAAAACAGCUGUUCUCUGGUCCGCAACAAGUGCCUGAUAAAUAGCAUGUCAAUGUUUUUAACUAAAAAUUGUCGUUGUAAGACGCUGCUGGCCUGGCUGACCCUGCUGCCUGGGGCGCUCCCGCAGGCAGUCUGACGUAGGCCCAGGGCCUUGCCCAGGGCAGGGGAGUGGCGAGGUCCCGCCCCGCCAGAGUAGCUGGGUAGCUGUGGUGACCCCACACCUGCCCCUCAGCCCAAGCAGGCCCUCGAGCCAUCGCAGGAGCCAGCUGGGCUCUUCCCCUCCUAGCCCCUCUCCUUCUUGGUCCCCCUGCACAGGUAAGUGGGGGUGAGGGGGGGCACACCUGGGAUUGGGGCCACUAGCUCCACCCCGGGCCCCCCCAAGCCCCUGAGGUGGGGAGGCUGGGAGCAGGUGGGGAAGUUAGAAGUAAUGGAGGCCCUUUGGGUGCCCGAACAGUGGGGGGGCACCCACUUCCCGCUUGUGGGGCCCUCCCCAUGCCCGCCCACCCGCCUCAUCGCUCUCUCCUCUUGUCUCCAGCUUCCGCCCUGCGCUGCCAGUCUCCUACCUGCAGGCCGCGCUGGCCUUCGAGGGCGAGGCCGCCUGCCAGGCCUUCCUAGAGCCCCUGGGCCUGGCCUACUCGGGCCCGGACAACUCCAGCAUCGACUGCCGCCUCAGCCUGG